CUUUCCCUCCCUCCCCAGCUCGCCUGGCCCGCCCUGCGCGGCCCGCCCUGCGAGUCAGUUCGCUGGUUCCCUCCCUCCCCGGGCGCGCUCGGGCCGCCGCAGCGUUCCCCGCCCUCGAGCCGCGGAGCCGGAGCCGCCCGCCGCCCGAGGAGGAGGCGGAGGGAGCCGGAGGGGCCCGCCGAGGCGGCGGCGGCGGCGGCAAGAUGGCGGACUUCCUGCCGUCGCGGUCCGUGCUGUCCGUGUGCUUCCCCGGCUGCCUGCUGACGAGCGGCGAGGCCGAGCAGCAGCGCAAGUCCAAAGAGAUCGACAAAUGCCUGUCGCGGGAGAAGACCUACGUGAAGCGGCUCGUGAAGAUCCUGCUGCUGGGCGCGGGCGAGAGCGGCAAGUCCACCUUCCUGAAGCAGAUGCGGAUCAUCCACGGGCAGGACUUCGACCAGCGCGCGCGCGAGGAGUUCCGCCCCACCAUCUACAGCAACGUGAUCAAAGGUAUGAGGGUGCUGGUAGAUGCUCGAGAGAAGCUUCAUAUUCCUUGGGGAGAUAACUCAAACCAACUCAAUGGCGACAAGAUGAUGGCAUUUGACACCCGGGCCCCCAUGGCAGCCCAGGGAUUGGUGGAAACGCGGGUUUUUUUACAAUAUCUUCCUGCUAUAAGAGCGUUAUGGGCAGACAGCGGCAUACAGAAUGCCUACGACCGGCGUCGAGAAUUUCAAUUGGGUGAAUCUGUAAAAUAUUUCCUGGAUAACUUGGAUAAACUUGGAGAACCAGAUUACAUUCCAUCACAACAAGAUAUCCUGCUUGCCAGAAGACCCACCAAAGGCAUUCAUGAGUACGACUUUGAAAUUAAAAAUGUUCCUUUCAAAAUGGUUGAUGUAGGUGGUCAGAGGUCAGAAAGGAAACGUUGGUUUGAGUGUUUCGACAGUGUGACAUCAAUACUUUUCCUUGUUUCCUCAAGUGAAUUUGACCAGGUGCUUAUGGAAGAUCGACUGACCAAUCGCCUUACAGAAUCCCUGAACAUUUUUGAAACAAUCGUCAAUAACCGGGUUUUCAGCAAUGUCUCCAUAAUUCUGUUCUUAAACAAGACAGACUUGCUUGAGGAGAAAGUGCAAAUUGUGAGCAUCAAAGACUAUUUCCUAGAAUUUGAAGGGGAUCCCCACUGCUUAAGAGACGUCCAAAAAUUCCUGGUGGAAUGUUUCCGGAACAAACGCCGGGACCAGCAGCAGAAGCCCCUAUACCACCACUUCACCACUGCUAUCAACACAGAAAACAUCCGCCUUGUUUUUCGUGAUGUGAAGGAUACUAUUCUUCAUGACAACCUCAAGCAGCUUAUGCUACAGUGAUGUACAAAAGACUUGCUAUUUUAAUAUCUUUUUCUGUUUUUCGAUUGUUUUCUGUUUGUUUUGUUUUUUAAAAUAGUUUACAACAGGAAUUAGAAAAAUUUUGAUUCUGUGUUUAACUUCUUGAAAAUCUUAGUCUUUUUUCUGCUGCCUUUGGUUUGUGGCUGAAAGCUGUUGAAUAACAAAUCGCCAGGAUUUGCUGAAAUUCAGGCUUUGAUCUGUUUCACUAUGGCUUCCGUUCAAGUCGAGUUAUAACUUCCUGGCCAACCUCAGACUAGGUAUAUUUCAGGCUUUAAAGCCUUCCACUUUUCAAACUGAAUUCUCCUAUAGUGCCAAGUAUAGAAGGUGUCCUUGAAUACUUAUAGGUAUGAGGUAGGGAAUAUUUGGUUCUAAAACAAGUCUGUCUGCCUUACACAUAGCAGCGACACUUGUUGCCUAGCUUUAUGGUGACCUCCUGUUUUGAAAGGGCUGUUAGAAAAAAGUUUGAUCUAAGGAAUGGCAUUCUGUAGAUUUACACAGGUUUAGCUUUCGUUUUUUUAAUUGCUUGUACACACAACAGUUGUUUGGUUUUUAAAUUUCUAUGGUUUCUGAAGGUGUAAUGCUGUUAGCGUUUUAAAGUUUCCGUACAGAUUUCUGGUCUGAUGCUGAUGACAAGAGUUCACAAGUGGUACAGGGGAGCAGAAGGCAAACAAAUGCCAUAUACAGUGCUUUGAUCAAAAGCGAUGAGUGGAAUAUAAUUUGCCUUUUUCAUUUCUUUAUCAUGUAAUGUGCCAUAUGUGAAACAUUCUGGCCAUGGCAGCAUCUAAAAACUGCAAGCAACUUGGUAACAGAACUAAAGUUCUAAAUAAACUUACCUGUUCCAGAAUGUCAUGUGUUGUAAGUCCUGUCCUAGUUGAUCUUGGUCUUUCCUGUAGAAAAGCAUUGUUGCAUCGUCGCAAACAUCUCUCUUGCUCUCCUGUCCAUUCCCAUCAACUCCAAACUGUGGCAUUGGUGGGAUUUUGUUUGUUUGUUUGUUUGGAGCUUACCAAGGGCUGUAUUUUCCUGCCAAACUAUUCAAGAAGGCAUUAUUUGAGAUUCCUGUUGAUUCUUGGUGUGUCUCUAAAUGAUACAGUAUGUACACGUUUGUAUAAUUAUUGUUUAUGGAAAGCCAGCUUUUUUGAGGUAUAUUUUAAAUGUUUUAAGGAUGCUUCUGAGGAUAAGUAGUGAUUUUUUUUAGUUCACACCUAAGGAUCUGGCCUCCCCACGCUGCUUAUCAAAUUAAAACAUAUCCAUGAAGUAGCUUUAUGAUUGCAAAUACAUUCAUAGUGAACUCAUCAGAAUGGCUGGUUUGCAGUACUAAAAGUACUGCCUUGUAGGUUAUAUGUAGUGUUAAAAUUGGAUCAGAGAAACAGAUAUAUGAAGCUGGUGACAGUUUGAAAAGUGAUAGCUUUUCUGCUUUUCCUGAAAAUUUUGAUUAAGACUGUGAUAUCUGUCACUUUACUGUAUAGCUGACUGUGUUCUCAGGUAUUUUAUCAGUCCUUAAAAGAUUGGUUAACAUUGUGGAUCACCCAGCCUUUACAAGUCAGUGGUUCUUGUUCUGCCUUGCUGUCUGGUAUGAGAGCAGGGCUUUUCAGUGAGCUAACCAGGGAUCGUUCUUCACAUACCUGACUUUUCUUGCAUUUGAAGUUCCACUAUCAUUAUAUCCAUGUAACUUCCAGUGUUUUCUCAUGCCUUGAUAAUACAUGAGCUACAGAUUUGUAGCUUGACAUCAUAACGCAGGUGUACAUAGUAUAAUCUGUGCAUGUUUGAAUAGUUCCACAUCUAGUGCUUCUUGCCAAAAAGAAUAGAUUGUUUAUAAAUUUACAAGGUUAGCAUAAUUUCAGUGCUAAUGAAUAUCUGAAUAUGUAUACAGUCACAUUUGGACUGUUCCGUGGAGAGUCUACGUGUAAAUUGAGCAAAUAGUUUUAUUGAAUAGCCAGACAUUUAACUCCAGUGAAGGCUAAAGUCACAUCCCUUCAGAAAGAGAACAUUUAGUCUUAUUGAAGUUAUAUUUAAGAUCUCUGAACCAUAAAUAUUGCCUGACAAAGCACAAAUCGCUAAGUUUCUCCAUUUUGACUAACCACCAAGAACCGUUAAAACACCAACCAAAUAGAUAUGGUAUUAUUUUGGGCAUUUGCAGUUUUAUUCCCUGAUGUGUGUGAUGUCUCAGAAUCAACACUGUUUUAAAAUAAAAUCUAGGAUAUAUUUUGAGGCAGUGACACUUAUAUUUAACUUAAGCUUGUUCAGACAUUUAAUGGAACUGUAAGGUUGAAUCUGAAGGCUUUAGCCCGCAUUCUUUUAUAUGCUGUGUUUCAAAACCAUUUGAAGGAGUCAUACCUGUAUCAUGAAAACUGGAUCCUUUUGAAAUACCACUGUAUGAAGAGGGAGAUGAAAUUCAGUGAACUGAAUUAAAAAGGUGCUCAUAAUUUUCCCUAUGCCAACUUCCCCCUAGUCUCUCAAAAAGUAAUUUAGAUUUAAAGUUCUUCGGCGUGUUUUGAUUUUCUAAAUCGUUAUGGUUAGGAUUUGGAAUAAAACGUGCCUAUUUCUAUAUUACGUUCUGUUCUUAAACCUGAAUGCCUUCUCAUUUAAUUCUGAAGAAAUAUCACACAAGUGUCUGUUGACCUUGAAGAAAUUUCUAGUCUACAGAGUUGCCUUAUAAAUCAAGAACAACACAAAUUUAAACAUUAAUUUUUAUAGGGAAAGGGUUUUGUCAAAUGUUUUCUGAAGAUCUAAACAAUUCAAGGCAGCCUCUGCCACUUAAACAUAAUUGUUAAUAACCUGAAUUGUUGCUCUCUGCCAAAUAUCGCAUUACAUAGAAAUCUUCAUUUCAAUUUUAUUAUCUGGAAAGGGCACUCCAUAGCUGGAGUGCAGCUGCAACCAAAGAGGGCAAUACGAAAUGAAAAAUAUCAUUCAUUUUUGUCUUGUUUUCUUUUAAGUUGCGUUGGCAUGUACUUAGAGAAGGUCCUCUGGCUGAUCUCUCAGAUUAGAGCUGUCGAGGGAAAUCUCUGCUCAGUUGGUGGCAGUGGUUUGUUUAAAGUAGAAGGAAAUAGGAUCACGAUCACCUUAAUACCAGAAAUGAUUAGAAAUACUGGUGUAGAUUCAACAGAAAUCAUAUGCUCUUAAAAUUUUUUGUAAGAAGGAAUGGGUGAAUCUUAACUUUCAAUGUGUACCCAAAUACUUGUAUUUAUGCUUUUGAUAAAAUGUAUUUUCAGCAUCAGUUACGCAUAUCUGGUUAUGCCUUAUUUAAAUGAAGAAUAAAGUUACCAAGUUAUGCUGUUAUGUCCUGAAACUCAAAAUCACUAUUUGAGAAACCCUCAAAUUGGUGCUUUCAUUAUAUAAUGACACAUUUAGACAAAACCCCAAACCAAGUCAUUUGAAACGAGAUUCUCUCCAUUGCAAUUUGUAGCAAUGUUAUUUCUAUGUAUGUAAUGAGAAGGCUAACUAUCAGUGUUAACUCUUAAUUUCUUGCUUGAAUCCAUGAAAUCAUGUGUGUAAAGCCCAGUCAAACAUUUGUAACAAACUCCCUAAUAAAUCUAGAGAAAGUCA